UUGAGGCGUUUUCUGAUUCGUUAUCCUCAAGGACCUUUUUAUAUCGUUGGUGGUCUCAUAUUAAGCGGAUUUUCUUUUCCUCUGUUUCAAGCCCUAUAUUACCGUAUGACAAUGAAUAAAGAAGAUUUUAUAGAAAUGCAGGAACGGCGUCGCAAAGAAGUCAAAAAAUUAUUGGUUUCUGGCAAGUUUUUUUUCUCAUAA